AUGGAUUCUCGUGCCGGGGAACGGUCGAAGAAGGGUGUCAAGCGUGCACCGCCGAACGCCCUGGGUGGGGGAAACUAUUUCCGCAACCUCUACUCGAUAAUGCUCGAGAGGGGCGUCGGUUCAACAGAGUUCUCGGCGCGGUUUUCGGGCGAGGAAUGUAUACCGGCCGUUACUGUCCGCCAUCUUGAGAAGUGGCUCAAGACCACCAAAGUGUCAGUCGUCGUGUGGUUGCACAGGGGCUCCGGGGCCGAGGUUGUCGGUGCCAAGGGUCAGACGACGAGCCUCCGUCCUCGAUCGAGCGCUUCACGUCGGGGUUCGCGAGGGCCACGUGUACCGCUUGGUACUCGAUGGCCCUUGGUAGGAUCGCUUCACCGGCGCUCGCGAAGGAGCCGUCGGUCCAUCUCAGGAUGUGGCGGUCGAGCACUGCGUGCGUGCGCACGAGGCGUCUCUUUCGCCGUAUUGCCGAGGCGGCCGAAGAGGGGGAAGGGAGAGGAGAAAUCGGAUGGUGACACCAGAACCUUUGGUCGAUGCGCGGACAUGGCGGAGGCAAUCCUCUCCUCGAGCCAGAUGGAGACGGACCAGCAGACCGCUCGUAAGCGGCGGAGAGGAACCGAUGACAAGGCAGACAGCAAGAAGAACUGGUACGCACCUCCCGGUACGGCGUUGGACGAGCUCAUGCUCCACCUCCACCUCGGUGGCGUGACUUGUACGGGCAAACUGACCAGCUACAGCCACUGGGAUUCGUUGUCGUUGCCGGUGCACGAUAUCAUCAUUCGAACCUGGUGCGGCGCGCGCAUGGGCGGACUGGAUCCAGAUGUGCUCGAAUGCGACGAAGCUACUCGUCUGAUCGAGCUGCACGGCACGCUGGGGCGCAAGCUCAUUCGUGGUGUGAUGGAUUUUCGUGUCUCGAGUGAGUAUAGCCCGUCUCUUCUCGUGCUACUCGAGGGGACUGGCAGUGCGACAUCAACGGCGCGCAACGGCACGCACACGGUGGCAAUGCUGAGCAUGGAUGAUCUGCCGGCGUACACCCACACGGACGAGGUGCAGGCAUUCGACGGCCACGACAUCGAGGAUAGGACGUUGUACGUCGUCCGCCUGGAAGCGGGUGGCGAUCCCGACGUGAUCCUGAACGCGGACCGCGUAACCCACUUUGUGCGACCUGCGAGGACGGUUCAAAAGUGCCACAUACCCGGUCUCGUGCACGAUCUGCUGGCCCGGGAUCUAGGGGAGUCCCUACUCCGGGACGUGGACGCUGCUCGCAGGUUCGAGAAGGGUCUAUUCGUUCGCACGAGUGGCUUGUUACAGCAGAGGCACGCCGACAGGAUCAAUGCCGUCAUGGUCACUACCAGCGAGGAGGCCAUGGCCGUCGGGGGUAAGAUCGUGCCCAUUCUCGGCGAAGUUAAUCGCAUCAAGUCGGAGCUGCGGAAGAAUGGUACCGAUGGGGAGCUUGGCAUCGAGAAGCUCGAUAGCGGAGAUGCCUACCUUAGUUUCGAGGCUAGCCGGGUGCGGAACAUGCUCGAGGCGUGUGGGGGCUCUGCCUUCAGCUACCAGUGCGACGCUGUGUUCUUGAGGGGACUUCCAGAGGUCCAGGCGGAAGCAAGGCACCGAUACGAGCAUUUUUUCAGCGGCGAACUCAAAACGCCCGGCACUCUCAAGUUCGAGCCAGCCCUCAAGAACGCAGCGUCUUCCGAUCGCGUCUUUGCUGGCAUCGAAGAGAACCUCGGUACCAUGGGAGCCGCGCAUGUAGCCUGGCGAUCUGUCGGCAAGGACGACAAAAGGAAGAUGUGGCCGGACAUCUGCUCGGCAGAGUCACCAGCAUCUCUUGAGCAACUACUCCGCGAGCUGAUGUCGCAGGAGGACAGGGUCGUUUGUGCGGUCACGGGAAAACACGGUGGAGCCGGGAAAAGCUACUGCACGCUCCAUGCUGCGAAAGCCGUCUUCGAGACCGAUCUUGUGCUGACACCCACCAACAGCCUUCGCACGUCGCACACCGACCUGCCCCCCGGGUGGAGCGUGAAGACUGCCGAUCAUCAGCUUGGGUUUUACAUCGGCGACGACACGCGCGUCAGGAAGACUGUGGGCUCGAUACACAUCCCGAGAGUGGACGUUGUCAAAAUCGAGGAGGCCGCGUACAUGUCUCUGCAUGCGCUCAGCAUGAUUCUCGCCGCGGCUCACAGCAAAGGCGUCCACGUCAUCGGAACGUACGAGACGCACCAGCUGCAACCCGCUCGUGAGGGUAGUGGCCUGAGUAUCAGCGUGGACAACGUCGACAGGCAAGUCGUUCUAGAGCGAUCAUUUCCCAUCUGCUUUCACCUGUUCGCACGCAAGCGGGUCAGGACGAUCGACGAACAGGUCGAAGUGGACGAUAGUCUGUUGUACAUCUUGGAUGCGGCAAACAACAGCGCCAAAGCGCAGAUCCGAGCCCUGGAGAGGUUUGGCGAGAUCGGACCGGCAGGAUGCGAUCCACACGUUUCCGAUUUCCACCUCGCUUAUACCAGGGAUUGUCCGAGGUUCCAUGCUGUCCGGGGUUUGACGAGAUGCAACGAGGCCGGGGGGUGGGACGCGCUGGGACAAAGCGGGGUGGUGGGUGCUCAGUAUCGAGACCUCGGGAAAGUAGGCAAGGUGCACAAGAACCACGCCUACCACAUCGUCCGCUCGUCUGAUGAUUCCGUUGUCGUGCAAAGUACCUUCGAUGGCGGCGCCACCCUCGAAGAGACCAUCCUGAGUCGCGCUGCGGCAGAUAUCCUGUUUGACCCCCCGGGCUCGUGCACGGUGCAUGCGGUUCAAGGUCGCACAGUGGACGGAAAAUUGGUGAUUCACCAGGCUCGACACCGGUUUUCAGACGUUUACUGGCUAUACACAGCCAUCAGCCGAGCGACGGGGCCCUUAAACGUCGUGAUCCUCGACGACAUCCAUCGGAGCGUUAGUGACAUGUCCGAGCACGCCAGGAGAUCGUGGGCGACCAGGAAGGUUUCGAGCUAUCUGCGCGCCGAUGUUACGGGCGGGAGACUGGACGAAGGGGAAGGCAAUCAACACAAUAACGCCCUCGCCCAAGCGCUUUUGAACUCCUACGGUGGAAGAUGCAACUCAUGUACGAUCGAGCUCGUCUGGGCCGUGUACAGCGAACGCCAGCCGACGCUUGAUCGUCUCGACUGCGCCCUACCUCACACGCCAGGAAACGUCGACGUAAAGUGCUUGAAAUGUAACCGUGCCCGAGGUGGCUUGGGAAGGGGGCUUGCGAAGAAAAAGAAGGAUGAAAACAAGGUGGUGGCAGAGACGUAG